CAACGCAAACUAUCCGCAGGACUCUGCAAGACCUCAAACGCCCAGUUUCAUCUCACAGCCCACAUAAGGUGCGUAGCGAGCGUGGAGAAGAGAACUCGCCCCGCGCAGAGAACUUGGGAUGACUUUCCGAGCGUGUUUGCGGCGCGUACCUAACUUGUCUUGUGCUGUUUCUCCAGGUUGCCGACAAUGGAGACCGUCUACUCCGACAUGGACACCUCAAGCUGCGACUACUCCUUCACGCACACGGACGACGAGGACUCGCGCAGCAGCCUCCACCCCGCGUCCCCGGCGUCUUCCUGCGGCAAGCCGCCCGCGUCUCCGGCCGAGCUCCAGCAGAAAAAGAGGCGAAGGGGCCGCGCCAGGAACGAGGCCACCGUGCACGUCGUGAAGAAGAACCGCCGGCUGAAGGCCAACGACCGCGAGAGGAACAGGAUGCACAACCUCAACGACGCCCUGGACGCCCUGAGGAGCGUGCUGCCCGCGUUCCCCGACGACACCAAGCUGACCAAAAUCGAGACUCUGCGCUUCGCCCACAACUACAUCUGGGCGCUCUCCGAGACCAUCCGGAUCGCGGACCAGAGGCAGAGCAAGCCCAGAGACUCCGCGCUGCUGCUCCCAGGACUAAGCUGCAUGGGAGAUGCGCCCAGCCCCGGCGGAGACUCUUGCUCCUGGCCGUCCGGCGCGUCCUCCUCGUCUUCAUCCCCGUCUUACUGCAAUUCAGACCCGGGCAGCCCCUCGGCCGUGGACGAUUUUGGAUACUUGCAGACUGACGUAGUUUACAGCUACCGCAACUUCGUGCCCAGCAUCUAUUAACGCGACCCGAGCGUCCCCGCGUCUGCGUUAGAGUCUGCAGAAGCGCGUAGUGUAAAAUCACUUUGCUGUUUUACUUUUCUAAUAGAACCAAGAGCACGACAUUAGGUAUUCACUGUUUGCCUUAACGACAGUUCGCAGAUGAGAAUGUUCUUAUUUUUGUUACCGAUAUUGAUGCCUUUUCCUGAUACCUUUGCACUUUUGCGCAUUCUUUGGGGCAUAACGCCCGUUAGGGAAAAUUCUAAUUUAAACCAAGACUGAUUGGCCUUUGCAGUCCAAGGUGAAAAGUCAAUAUUACAAUUUGUAGAGCGAUAAAGCAGAAAAACGAGCGUGAAAAUUCGUUUCAACGCCGUGACAAUAGACUGAAUGGACAAGACAAAGAUCUGGCCUUAUGCAUUAUGUAUUUUGACCCGAAGAAACCUCUCCUGUCUGGCUGAUCCGCAGCAGAGUACAGUACUCUCACGACUGCUUUCCCACCGCUUUCUUUUUGUUUUAUUUAUUCAACCUGUCGCUUUCGUAUGCUAUUGUAUUUUUAUUGUAUAUAAAGAGAUUUAUUCUAUUAUGUAUUUACCU